GAAGCUCUCCGUCAAAAAUUCCCAGAAACAGCUUCAGGACAGCGUUGUGGCUGAUCUAAUUUUCAUCUUCCUCUUUUUUUAAGUACAUAACUUGAGAGGAAGCCCCUUGUCAUUAUGUCGUUGUCUAUGCCUGGUCCCUCCCAGGCCGGGCUUUUCAAGCCUGGCUAUCAGAGCCACGAUGCCGAAGAUGGCGCCGUUAUUCGUAACAUCGAAGCCUGCCAGGCUAUCUCUCAGACCGUCCAAACAUCGCUUGGUCCUUAUGGCCGCAACAAGAUCGUCAUCAACCACCUGCAGAAGAUGGUUCUUACUUCCGAUGCCGCUACCAUUCUGCGCGAGCUGGAUGUCGUACAUCCUGCCGCCAAGCUACUUGUCAUGGCCAGUCAGCAGCAGGAUGUGGAGAUGGGUGACGGUACCAACCUGGUCAUCAUUCUGGCCGGAGAACUGUUGAAGAAGGCUGAGGAAUUGAUCCGUUUGGGAUUGAAGACGAGCGACAUCGUCCAGGGUUAUGAGAAGGCACAAAACUUUGCCCUCAAGGUGCUAGAAGACCUCGAAGUCGAUCGCCUGAAGGAACUUCGCUCCCAGGAAGAGCUCGGCAAGGCUCUUCGUACUGUCGUUGCCAGCAAGCAGUCCGGAACAGAGGAUACCUUGGCCUCGUUGGUUGCGGAAGCCGUGCUCGCUGUCCUGCCUAAGAACCCCGUUAAUUUCAACGUCGACAACGUUCGUGUAGUGAAGAUCAUGGGUGGUAGCUUGGAGCAGUCUCGUGUGGUGAAGGGAAUGGUUCUUGGCAGAGAACCUGAUGGCACCAUCAAGAAGGCUACCAAGGCUAAGGUCGGCGUGUUCAGCUGCCCCAUCGACAUUUCUCAGACCGAAACCAAGGGCACUGUGCUGCUGAAGAGCGCGGAUGAGAUGCUUAACUUCACCAAGGGUGAAGAGGAACGCCUCGAGACCGCCAUUAAGGAGCUCUAUGACUCCGGUGUUCGCGUCGUCGUGGCCGGUUCCUCCGUUGGUGACCUGGCUAUGCACUACCUCAACCGCUUCAACAUCCUUGUGAUCAAGAUCCUCUCCAAGUUCGAACUCCGCAGACUUUGCCGUGUCGUCGGCGCCACUCCUCUUGCCCGUCUAGGUGCCCCUAUGCCCGACGAAAUGGGUAGCAUCGAUGUCGUUGAGACCACCGAAAUCGGCGGUGAUCGUGUGACCGUCUUCCGUCAAGAGGAGGCCAACACUGUGACCCGCACAGCUACCAUUGUUCUGCGUGGAGCGACACAAAACCACUUGGACGAUGUCGAGCGUGCCAUCGAUGAUGGUGUGAACGCAGUCAAGGCCAUUACCAAGGACCCCCGUCUGGUUCCCGGCGCAGGCGCUACUGAAAUCCAGCUCGUGGAGAAGAUUUCUGCAUUCGCCGACCGGACCCCUGGCUUGCCUCAGCAUGCCAUUCGUAAGUACGCGGAGGCUUUCGAGGUCAUCCCCCGCACUCUUGCGGAGUCCGCUGGUCUCGAUGCCACCGAGGUUCUUUCUCGUCUGUACACAGCCCACCACCGCGCUAGCACUGGUGCCGACGCUUCGUCAGAAGAGGAGUCGGGUAGCUCCGAGGAGGAGGAACCAUACUGGACGACCGGUGUUGAUCUGGAAUCGAGUACCUCGGCUGGCACUCUGGACACCGUCGAGGAGGGUAUUCUCGACCUGUUGGCUUCCAAGAGCUGGGCUAUCCGCCUGGCCAGCGAGUCCGCGCGGACAGUCCUCAGCGUCGAUCAGAUCAUCGUCGCUCGUCAAGCAGGUGGUCCCAAGCCACCCGGCCCCAACGCUAACUGGGAUGAGGAUUAAACAUGAAGCAUUACAUAUUUAAUUGGGGUUAAAAUAGGAAUGUGAUAGAUACGAUAUCAUGAAAAGUCCAUUGCUCAAGGAUUUUGACCUAAGCGUGUUG